AUGGAUAAAAUAACCAGUAGCAUUAGAACGCCACAACGGAAAUAUGUUUCCAUUUUCCGCAUCGAUGGAGAACCCAUAAUACCGCCAUUGAUGACUUCAGAGAAAAUAAGACAAAUGCAAAAAUACAAAGAAAAAGCCAUGAAAAUCGAACAGCGUUUGAAGGAACGAAAAUUGCAAAAGAACAAAGAAACGGCAACAACAACAGCAUUUAAUAACGAAGUUCAUUGUGAUACACCACGUUCAUCAAUAGCCACCACAACACCUGGCGAUAAUUUAUCUCAUAGGUCACAGGAUUCAUAUGAUCAACGAUUAAAAGAAUCUGAAGAAUCAAUGUUGCUACUCAAGGACAUUAUACGAAGACAAUCGGAACAAUAUGAAAGUGUUAAUGAAGAUAAACUGAAAAAAUUGCAAAAAUCAGAAAUACUUAUUUAUGAUAAUUCGAAAAAUGAAGUUAUCAAACAAAUACCACAUAAUGAUGAGAAUAAAUCUUCACACAAUGUAAUGGAAAAUCAAGAUAAUGAUUUUAUCGAAACAAAUGUGACCUAUACGUUGCCAAGAAAACCCAAUUAUUUGGAGUUAAGUGGUAUCAAUGAUACCAUAAAAUCAAUACCCUCAAUAUGCAUUAACCCACCAACACCCUUAAUGCCAAAUCGUUCAAUUUGUGAACCAUUGCCAGUUAAAUGUAACAAUCACGAUAGUUUCUUUGUCACUGAAACAAAACAUAUUCGCCAACAUUCGACAGAUGAUUCCAGUUCGGAUGACAGCUGUAAUAGUAUGUACACGCAUAGUGAGAAGAAAAUACCACCACCAGUGCCAGAGAGAACUUACAAAUUACCACGCAGUUCUAAAAUCCAUGAUUUAAAAUCCUACAAUAACACAACAAAUGUUUCGGCUAAAAUUCAACAAUACCAAGCAAUUAGCAGUGAGCAUUCAACUCCGCGUGUUACACCCAAUGCCAGUCCUAAGAAACAAUCCCAAGAAGUGUCGAAUAUGGGAACACCAUCUGCAGUUAUGAGUCGUUCAGCUACAAGUCCUUCAAUUAAACUGGGCUCUUCAGCAACUAGGCCCCUAACUGUCACGGAUUCCUCACAAAUAUCACCUGAUAAUGGUCUUGUGAGAUCUUCAUCUUUCACCCUGGAAGGUCCAUCAAAAGCCUUAAUCGAUCAUAUGCGACAGCAAAGAUCUAUAAGCGAUAGAACUCCUACAACUUUGAAUUCCAAUAAAACCACCAUUUCACCACCCAAAGAAAGCUUCACCACAACAAAGAAAGUUUCACCACCAUCUAGACUUCAUCGGGAUACAAUCGAAUCAAAGGCCAAACGUGUACAGAAAGUUGAACUUAAGCCAACACGACAAAAAAUCCAACAAAAGACCUCUCAACACAAAAUGGCUCAGUCAGCCGUUGCCUCUAUAUCACCAUACAAAUCAAAAUCGGCUUCUUCAUUUCCCAAACAUAGUAGUACAAUAAAUUUGUACAAAACAAAAAAGUCGCCAUAUGACACACCAACAUCUACAAGAAUUUCCCCAACCACACCAUCAUCUGCAAAGAAUACUGGUCAAACCAGGAAGUCGCCACCCUCAUCAUCGGCAUCAUCAACGGCUUCAAGCCAACGAACAAUAAAUAAAUCUAAAUCAUCCAGAACCAACCAAACAGCAAAUUCAAAUCAAACCUCUAACACCACAAUCUCACCCGAAAAAGAAGUCGUAACACAAAUGGAUAAAAUGCAAAGGGAGAAAUUCCUAAAACUACUCAAACAACAGGAAGAAGAACAACGCAAACUUAAGGAAUCAUUUGAAUUACAGCAAAAACUUCUCAUUGAGCAAUUAAAUAAAGAAAUGGCCACAGUUCCGGUGUCCGUAACGCCUAAACACACUACACACCAUGAAUCGAACACCUCAAGAUUUUCCCCCGAAGAAACUACUCUCAACGACAUAUCACAUGAUAAUAGUUCCAUAUUACCUUCGCAUAUAAAAGAUGAUGAUAAAAAUACCUCCAUCUAUCCACAAGUGCCUCCUCUAGCUAUAUCGAAUUUAUCUUCAAUGGAUCAUUCAAAUGCCAAUACCUCAAUGGAAUCAGCAACGUCAACACGUUAUAGUGGCCACUAUAUAGAUCAGAGUACAUAUCGUACAGAUUCGUUGGCAGACGAUGAAGACGUGCUAACGCCCAUCGAACAACGUUAUACUACAAUUACGAAUAAUGCAAAUUCUUCAUCACGUCGUCGUCUUUUCCCCCAGGAACAUAUGAUGACGACAACACCAUCUACUGCUACAUCCAUGGAUUGUAACUCAUCCUCUUCCAUGAGACCUCUAACAUUCACACCACCAAGCAACAAUCAUCAUUUAAAUGAAACUUUACAGCAGCAACAACAAAAUACUAAGAAUUCGGUUAAAGGUUUCAGUGCAGUGACAACGGGUAGCGUCAACAGUAAACGUGAAAUACAUCAAAUGAAUGUUUUACAUGCGGCAGCCACGACCAUAAAUGCUUAUGCUCGUGGCUUUCUCGUGAGACGUCUCUUCAAGACGGAACAAAUUCAACGUAUCGUACAAACAAUACACGAUACAUUGAUAUUUGUUUUGAAUUUACAUCUGGAGACAUGUGAAAACCCCAAUGAAGCGAAUAAUCCAACAAAUAUAAAACUCAAGGCCAGGCUUUUACAGCAGCUUUCAUCUGCAACCCAAACAUUGCAUGUGGUACUCUUUCAAACAUCCAUUAAAGAGAGAAUGGAUAUUAUUGCACAGGAUCGAAAACGUAUUAAACACAAAUUACUAAUGACUAUGAGUCGUAACAGCAUUCCCCAAGGAGCGAUGAGCGAUGAGAAAUCUCUGAAGCCAUCAUCCACUGCAACUGAGGGUAAGGGUCUGUCAAAGUCAUCACCAAGGAAAGCCCGUAAAAAGGCCUCCAGAAAAGCUGAUAAGUCACAACCUUCCUCUGUAAAUCCGCCCACUGCCGAAAACGAAAUCCAAGGUUAUGACAAUUGGGCAGUUGUUGGUGCAUAA